AUGUAUGCAUUGCCUAAUAGUGAUGAGGGUGACUGUUACGUGUGUGUUCCGCCUGACCCGAGCAUUGAGGCUGCUGCUCUAGGUGCUGGUGAGGCUGCUGCUCUAGGUGCUAGUACGUUUGCUGCUCCAGGUGCUGGUGAGUCUGCUCUCUCAGGUACCACGUCGGCUCAGGCCUUACACACCUUCACCCUUGACUCGGGUGCUUCCUGCACCUUCUUUCGAGAACGCACCACUCUUACGCCGCUUAGUCGGCCUGUUGCGGUCUCCCUGGCGGACCCCUUUGGGGGUCCUGUCCUUGCUAGCUUCUCCACUGUCUUACCGUGCCCGGCAGCCCCUUCUGGCACCCUGUCAGGUCUCUACCUCCCCUCGUUCUCUACGAACUUGGUGAGUGGAGCUGAUCUACAGGAUAGGGGGGGUGACCAGUUCACUCCUGCGAGUCAGCGGGUGACCCACUGUACGUGUGCUCGGACGGGCCGACACUUGGCCACGUUCACCCGUCGGCCAGGGUCGAGCCUCUACACACUUACUACUGAGUCUCCUCCGGCUGCUGAGUCUGGUCAGGUAGCUGCGUCGAGUCAGCGCGCCGCCCCUCACUCCUCCGAGUUUCCUCCGACAGAGGCUCCGCUGCAGACUCUUCACAUGAACGUGUGGGGCCCCGCCCGCGUCCGUGGCCAGGGGCACGAGCGUUACUUCCUGUUGGUGGUUGACGACUACUCGCGUUACACCACAGUCUUUCCCUUGCGCAGCAAGGGUGACGUCACUGAGGUGUUGAUCGACUGGAUCCGCGCAGCUCGUCUCCAGCUCAGAGAGAGUUCUGGCUCGGACUUUCAUGUUCUGCGUCUGCACUCUAACAGAGGCGGGGCGUUUUCCUCUGCCCGUCUGGGAGCAUUCUGUCGAGCACAGGGCAUACGCCAGACCUUCACGCUUCCGGCCUCUCCACAGCAAAAUGGGAUUGCUGAGCACCGCAUUGGCAUGGUCAUGGACGUCGGUCGUACGUCCAUGAUCCAUGCGGCCGCCCCCCAUUUUCUGUGGCCGUUUGCGAUUCAGUACGCCGCGCAUCAGCUCAACCUUCAGCCCCGGGUCUCCUUGCCAGAGACCUUCCCCCACCUUGCGGUGGACGGGGAAGGUGUGUCCCAGGUAGACGCAGUCGAGCCUGUCGAGGUAGCUGUUGACUUUGAUACUGCUAGAGGAGCUGAGCCUGCGGGAGCCGGGUCUGGAGGUGCUGAGCCUGAGGGUGCGGAGCCUGGGGGUGCUGAGUCCAAUGGUGCGGAGCCUUGGAGUGCUGAGCCUGGGGGUGCUGAGUCUAGGGGUGCUGAGCCUGGGGGUGCUGAGCCUGGGGGUGCGGAGCCUGGGGGUGAUGGGUCUGCUCGUGUGGCCUGUCACGGUGCUUUGUCAAGGCGGGAGCUACUCUCUCCGCAGGAGCUGCGCGAGUGGUUUGCCCGGCGCUGGAGCCGUGCUGCUGGAGCUGGAGGUAGUACUGUUGCUGCUGGUCGUGGAGGUGCUCGUACUGGCGGUUCUAGAGCUGCUGGGACUAGGGGUGCUGCUGGGGCUGCUGGAGGUGCUGCUGGAGCUGUUGGCGGUACUGGGGCUGCUGGUCCUACUGGAGUUGGUGCUGCCGGAGCUGCUGGAGCUGGAGCUGCUGGGGGUGUUGGCGCUGGUGAUGCUGCUAGUGCUGGUAUGUCUGACGUUGCUGGAGUUGGCGCUGUUGGAGCUGGAGGUGCUGCUGGCGCUGGUGCUGCAGCUGGGGGUACUUGUGCUGUCCCUGCUGGUUCUGGAGGCGCUGCGGGGCCGCGGCCGUACUUCGUUCCGCUCCUUCAGCAGGUUCUUGGUCUCCCGCCCACUACUGGUCCUGCUCCUCCCUUAGAGUGUCCACAGCCUGUCCUGUCGCGGUCACAGCUACAGCCCGCCUCCCCCCUACGUGCUCCUUCUCCCUACACUGGUCCUACAGGAGGUCUUGCUGAGCGUCGUGAGCCUGCGUCUCGUCCUGCGUCGCCCAUUCGUGCUACUCGCACUAGUCGUCGUGCUCCGCGUCCGCGUCCUCCUGCGGUCCCAGGCACAUACCAGAUGGCACUGCGUCCUUCCAUUGCUCCUUUGCGUGUCCCUUUGCCGUCUCCUCCAGAGUCCUCUCUUCCUGUUCUUGCUGACCCGGAGUCUGAAUUUCUUCAUGCUGCCAGUCCUACUGUCACGCGUCUCCUAGCUACUAUUGUCACUGACCCUUCCUUUGAGUCCACUGCCGCGUCGGCCCUAGUUGCUGAGCUUGUCGACUUUGCUGCUCGCUGUCGUCUAGACUACGCUGCUAGUCUUGUUGCUGAGUCUGAGUCUGUCUGUCCUCCGUCCGUCGGGGGUGAGUGUGCUCUUAGCACGGACGUCCUUGAGGACAUGCAGGAGGAGUUCCAGUGUUUUGCUGCUGCUUUGCCUCAUCUCGUGUCCACGCUGAUUGCCCCUGAGGGAGACCCGGAUGCACCAGACAUCCCGACUCCUCGAUCGUACGCUGAGGCGAUCGAGGGUCCCUACUCCUCUCAGAGGCAGGUGAAGCGGCCGCCGGGUUCUCCGCCUGUCUUCAAGGCGCGUUACGUGGCUCGAGGCUUCAGUCAGCGGCAGGGAGCUGACUACUUUCAGACCUUCUCUCCCACCCCGAAGAUGACUAUUCUUCGGGUGCUGCUGAACAUUGCCGCUCAGCGCGACUACGAGCUUCACUCUCUUGACUUCAGCACAGCUUUCCUGCAGGGCAGCCUACACGAGGAGAUCUGGCUGCGCCGCCCACCUGGCUUCACUGGGUCGUUUCCUCCUGGUACCCAGUGGAGCCUCCGGCGGCCAGUCUACGGUCUCCGCCAGGCGCCCCGUGAGUGGCACGACACACUGAGGACUACACUUGCGGCUCUUGGGUUUGCUCCUUCUACAGCCGACCCGUCGGUGUUUCUGCGCACCGACACCUCUUUGCCGCCGUUCUACAUCCUCGUGUACGUUGACGACUUGGUCUUUGCCACUACUGACACUGUUGGACUCGCCCACGUGAAGUCCGAGCUGCAGAAGAGACACACGUGCACAGACCUGGGUGAACUGCGCAGCUACCUUGGCUUGCAGAUCACCCGGGACAGAGCACAGCGCACCAUUACCCUGACUCACAUCUUGGCACGCUAUGUUGCUCCUGGGAGAUACCGACCAGAGCACAUGGCUGUAGUGAAGAGGGUGUUGCGCUACUUGUGCAGUACGUCGGCCAUGGGGCUAGUGCUUGGAGGGCGACGUCGAGCGGUCCUCACAGAUCACGCAGACGCUUCUUGGGCUGACGACCAGGCUACGCAGCGGUCGUCACAGGGUUACACCUUCAGCCUUGGCUCCGGUUCUCUUUCGUGGCGGUCUACUCGCUCGUCUUCUGUUCUCGACUCCAGUUGUGAGGCUGAGAUCUACGCGGGGGCCAUGGCUGCACAGGAGCUACGCUGGCUCACCUACCUGCUGACUGACCUAGGAGAGCCGCCUCGUUCUCCUCCAGUUCUGUACGUAGACAACAAGGCCAUGCUGGCCUUGUGUCGGGAGCACAGACUGGAGCACAGAACGAAGCACAUUGCUCUCCGCUACUUCCUUGCUCGUGAGCUGCAGCACCGUGGUCAGUUGCGCCUUGCUUACGUGGCCUCUGAGGCCAACACUGCUGAUAUCUUUACCAAGGCACUUCCGCCUUGUGAUCAUCAGCGCUUCUGUACGAUGCUAGGUCUUGUGCCUACUUGGCCUCACUUGCUCACUUCUUGA